GUUUCAGCCUCAAGAGGAGUCCAGCGGUUUGUUAUAAACCCACAGGCUCGCACAGAGAGAGAGACACACAACACAACACGACACAACAGGAUUUGGAGGAAUACACCACUUCAGGCUGGUCUGGAUCCCUGCAUCCCCGAAGAUCUCCCACAGAUCUUUUGAUAUUGGGGCUCGGGGUCGGGCCCAGGGGGAGCCGCCACCAUUGCGUCCAACGAGUGGAGCGGCAACGGUAGCCCAGAAGAUGGGCUGGACGGGGACAUUGACGACAAGACCAUGGAGGGGGACGCCGAGGGGGUGUGGAGCCCGGACAUCGAGCAGAGCUUCCAGGAGGCCCUCGCCAUCUACCCUCCCUGUGGCAGGAGGAAAAUCAUCCUGUCAGACGAGGGGAAGAUGUAUGGUCGCAAUGAAUUGAUAGCACGGUACAUCAAGCUGAGGACAGGCAAAACCCGCACAAGAAAACAGGUGUCUAGUCACAUACAGGUGUUAGCGCGGAAGAAAGUUCGUGAAUACCAGGCUGGUAUAAAGGCGAUGAAUUUGGAUCAGGCAUCUAAAGACAAAGCCCUGCAGAACAUGGCAGCACUGUCGUCUGCACAGAUCGUCUCACCGAGUAUGAUAAAGAACCACCUCCCGCCGCUGCCUCCUGCCUCCUACCAACAGCACAGAUUCUGGCCUGGUCCCAUCCCAGGACAGCCGGGACCCUCUCAGGAGUUGGUUCUAGAUCUCAACCCGGGGAGGCCUCCUGGGCUUGGCCGCAACAGCCAUUCUAUCAAAUCUUAUCCACAGCCACCGUACCCAAGCCUAUCAGGUCCUGUACCACAGUCCAUACCAAGUGUGUGUGUGGGUGGUUCAGGUUAUGAGUCCUUGGCGCCUCCUCCUGCACCAUCUGCCACAGCAGUGCCGGUGUGGCAGGACCGGACCAUCGCCUCCUCUAAGCUGCGGAUGCUGGAGUACUCUGCCUUCAUGGAGGUUCAGAGAGACCCAGACAACUACAGCAAACAUCUGUUUGUCCACAUUGGACAGACCAACCCGUCGUACAGCGACCCUCUGCUCGAGGCGGUGGACAUACGGCAGAUCUACGACAAGUUCCCCGAGAAGAAGGGCGGGCUCAAAGAGCUUUACGAGAAAGGCCCUCAGAACGCUUUCUUCCUAGUUAAAUUCUGGGCGGACCUGAACAGCAGCGGCAUGCAGGACGGCCCCGGCUCUUUCUACGGCGUGAGCAGCCAGUACAGCAGCAUCGAGAACAUGACCAUCACCGUUUCAACCAAAGUCUGCUCGUUCGGCAAGCAGGUCGUCGAGAAAGUCGAGACAGAGUACGCCCGCCUGGAAGGAGGAAAGUGUGUUUACAGGAUCCACCGCUCUCCGAUGUGCGAGUACAUGAUCAACUUCAUCCACAAACUCAAACACUUGCCCGAAAAAUACAUGAUGAACAGUGUUCUUGAAAACUUCACAAUCCUGCAGGUGGUGACGAACCGUGACACCCAGGAGACCCUGCUCUGCAUAGCGUUUGUGUUCGAGGUUUCCACGAGCGAACACGGGGCUCAGUACCACGUCUACAGACUUGUCAAAGACUAACAGCUCUUUCAGGGAGGUUUGGGGAAUAAGCCAGACACAAAGCGUGACACAAUCUCUCUUCGACCAGCUCAACCAUCCAGGAACAAAAACAACCAGAAGAAAACACACAAAACGAUGCUAGACCGAACUAACAAGGACAGAUUCAUUCAGGAGGGAAACAAAACAGUGAUACUCAACGUGCCGACGCGCAAAGAAAUUUUUGAAGAAUUACGGAUUUUUCGAACAACUAUAGCUAUUUUUUCCAUGUGUUCAAACAUGCUUUAGAUGAAGUGGGUCACUUUUGCCAAGGUAGCUGACGGAGCUCGAAAUGUUUUUAUUGAGGGAGCGAGAAUGUGUUUGGUGGGUUGAGAAGAACCCUGAUGUUUUUCCGAGGGAAUACACUCUGAGCAAUAAUAGAGUGUGUGUGCGUGUGCCAGAAUGAAAAGGUUGUGACAACAGAACCACAGAAGGGGGGGAGACCAGAGCCAAGUGAUGUUGUUGCCGUAGGAAAGCAAGCAAGUGCCUUUUCUCCAAAGAUAUCAUUGCCUGCCACUUUGAAUUGCCUUUUAUUACUACCUCUUGUUUUUAAAUGAACAGAAAACAGUCAUACAGGUGUAUUUUGUCAAAACAAAAGAGAAAAAAAUCGGAAUAGGAUGUCCGGAGAAUUUGAUCCGGACUUUCGCAGCAGGAGAUUCUCCGCUGAGACACCUUCACAACAACAGGGAAAUCUCCGGAGCGUUCAGGAGAGGGCUGGUGCUGCAGGCCACAGGCAGGUAGUGACGUAUUAAUUCCGCUGUGGAGACCUCUUCUAGUUUUUGUUUACAGCCCAUCGACACCAAAAGCUCUUUUGACAUUUUAGUCAGUGUCUUCUACGGCCUCACUUCUUCAUCCUGAGAUAUUUGUUUUCUCUUUAGUUUUUAGUUACAAACGCCAUCAACACACCCGCUCUCACAGGAUCUCCUGCUGUGUUCUCACAUCAGGUCCUCCAGACCUUCUGCAGAGUUUUUACUAGCAGGCUGACCUGGAGAAAGUCUGCAGGCUCUCACUCGGACAUUCAGGCUCACACAUCCAAGCCCCUUCUGAGAAUGUCUGGAGGAUCUCUGGAGUUCAGUGCACGUCUGAGAGCAGCUAAUGAAACAUCAGAUUCACACCUAUUUCGAGGCAGUUUUUGUAUUUGGGCACAAAGAGGAACGGGGUUGGGAUGACUAAUUUUCAUGUAGCCUGUUGUUUUACAGUCCAAGUGUACAGGGAGAAGGUUUAUUGUGUUACCGUAUUAUAAAAGUUCUGCUUUUUUUUUAUGUUUUCUUACACAGUAAAAAAAAAAAAAAAUCAGGUCUUACAAGCAUCUAUAUCUGUAACUGACUUUUGACACUAAGGAUGCCUUGUACCAUGAGCGGCCUGACGUGAAGCCGAGGCUCUACCGAUCCUUACCAGAUCCCCUGUUAUUUCUCUGUGUUUGAAGACGUGUGCGCGGUUGCACUUAAGACGAUCCGGAAGUGGGGUGAAUCAACAGCAGUGCUUAUUUUUCUGCCUUGAGUUAUGUAGCCUAAUUGAAAAGAGAGAGAAAAAAAAAAGAAAAAAAGAAUUGUUUCUGUACUGUGAGUAAGUGGAUGCUAAAGGAAUUACGUGUUACAUAGGAGUGUUUGUUUUUCUGGAGGAGGAGGGGUGGGGUGCAGGGAGGGUGACCUUUUAUGUUCAUAUUUGUGAUCAAUUAACUGAGCACUCAAACUCAGACCACGGCUCCAGUGAAGAGAAAGUGAAUCACUGUUUCUUUUGUUUAAAAAAGAGAUUGUAUGCUGUGAAGACGGCUCAUUUGCUUCACCCGUCUCCUGGGCGGCGGCGGCGGGGGGGGGGGG